AUGCACAUAGAAACUCUUAUAGAAGAAAAAAUUCCAGUCAAAGCAUUAAUAAAUAUAUUUUUGAAGUUUAAUAUUAUUAGAUCAAAUUAUAGAAUAUGUCCUAGCUGUUGUUCUGCUGAAUGUCUUUAUGAAGACAUAAUAGAAUCCAACAUUCAAUUUGGUAUUGGGUUGAGGGUGGUUGUAGAUGGCAUAAAUAUCUCAUUAAUUGAUGAAGUUAGCAGGUCUAUAGACAACUCAAAAAGUUAUAAAACUAGCUUUAGUAAAAAUAUCUUAUUUGACUUUUUCAGUUCUAAAACAGAGACUGAUUCCUCUAAGUCUAAACCUGAUCUAACUCAGAAGAAGAUUAUGAGUUUGAUCAAAAAAUCUCUUUCGGACAUUCAAAAUAAUAAACAGUGA